CCGGUUGCCGACACCUCCUUUCUCACUACUGCUCCCCUGCGCGCACGUAGUACCCCCUCCUUCCCUCCUUCUCUUCGUCGCCUCUCGCGCUCGACCGAACCCCCCUCCCCCCCGUUACCAUGGCCCCUCCCAAGACCGUCUACGCCGCUCUGCCGGCCACCACUCGUGGCUUUGCCACCCACAUGUUCUCCGGCACCACCCCCGGCCCCAAGGGCUUCGGCCCGAAUGUCGUGUACACCAACGGCCGGUCGGUGUUCAUCCGUAACAUCCAGGACCCGACCAUCGCCGACCAGUACAGCGGCCAUGCCCACAACACCACCGUCGCCGCGUACUCGCCCUCCGGCUACUACAUCGCCUCUGCCGAUGUCUCCGGUACCGUGCGCAUUUGGGACACCACCCAGCGCGGGGAGAACCCCCUGAAGAUCGAGCUCAAGGUCCUCGGUGGCGAGAUCAAGGACCUGGCCUGGGAUUCCGAGUCCAAGCGCAUCAUCGUCGUCGGCCAGGGGUCCGAGCGCUUCGGCCACGCCUUCCUCUUCGACUCCGGCUCCUCGUGCGGUGAGAUCUCCGGCCACAGCAAGGUGAUCAACAGCUGUGCCAUCAAGCCCAGCCGCCCCUUCCGCGCGGUCACCGGGUCCGAUGACUUCAAUGUCAACUUCUUCGAGGGCCCCCCCUUCAAGUUCAAGCAGUCCAACCGCGACCACACCCGGUUCGUCAACUGCGUGCGCUUCGCCCCGGAUGGCAGCCUCUUUGCCUCGGUCGGGGCCGAUUCCCAGAUCCUGGUGUUCGACGGCCGUGAUGGCUCGCUCGUCGGCAAGAUGGACGAGGCCUCCGCCCACAAGGGCACCAUCUACUCGCUGGCCUGGUCCCCCUGCUCCAAGGAGAUCCUCACCGCUUCCGGCGACCGGACUUGCAAGCUGUGGAAUGUCGAGUCCCGCACCUGCAUCGCCACCUUCACCAUGGGCCCCAGCCCCAAUGACCAGCAGGUUGGCUGCCUGAUCGACCCCGCCGGCCAGCUGCUGUCCCUCUCCCUGUCCGGCGCCAUCAACUACCUGAACCGCGACCAGCCCGAGGGGCCGCCCCUGCGCGUGGUCAAUGGCCACUCGCGCCCGGUCAUGUCGCUGGCCUACAUGCCGGAGUCCAACACCCUGGUGUCCGGCGACAACUCCGGCCAUGUCAUGCACUGGGAUGUGGCCACCGGUGCCAGCACCGUCGUCCUGCAGGCCGAUGCCAAGCCCGGCCACAGCAACCAGGUGUCCUUCAUCCUGGCCCAGGGGCCCACCCACGCGGUGUCCAUCGGUCUCGAUGACACCGUCCGCGCCGUGGAGGUCGAGAAGCCGGCCUUCGGCUCCGCGGUUCAUGCUCUCCCCAGCCAGCCGACCGCCGCCGCCGCGCACCCCAACUUCUCGGUCAUCGGCACCAACGACGGCAUGCUGCACCUGCUGUCGGCUGCCGAUGAGGGCCCCUUCCGCGUGCUGUCCUCCAUCAAUGCCAAGCUCCCCGGCACCGCGGUGGCCUCGCUGGCCAUCUCCCCCUGCGGCACCGAGGUGGCCGCCGGCGCUUCCCAGAACGGCACCAUCCACGUCUUCACCAUCGAGGGCCAGUCGCUGCUCGUGGAGAAGCCGGCCUUCACCCUGGCCGACUCCAACCGCGCGACCGUCAGCUCGCUGGCCUACUCGCCGGACGGCCUGUGGCUCGCUGCCGGUGACAGUGUCAACCAGGUGGUCGUGUACAAGCGCGACUCCUCCGGCUACACUUCCCAGGGCGAGGACUGGGUGUACCAUGUGAGCCGCAUCACCAGCCUGGCCUGGUCCUCGGACUCCAAGCACCUGGCCUCCGGCUCGGUCGACACCCACGUCUACGUCUGGCGCAUCGGUGCCGAUGGCAAGCCGUCCUCCAACAAGACCGCCCUCCUGCACAGCCACGUCGGCCAGGUGAGCGCCCUCGCCUGGAUCGAGCCCAAGGGCAAGCCCGAGGGUGACGAGCUGCUGCUCGCUUCGGCCGGCCAGGAUGGCUGUGUCAAGUUCUGGCCCGUGCCCAUCUAAGGGGUGACCCUUUCCGGGGGGGGGGGGG